AUGCAUUUCACAUCGUUUGUCGCCCUCCUCCCUGCCCUGGCCCUGGCACAGGAACAGGUGCCCCUCGCCGACCGCGUGCAGGGAUGGUUCAACAAGGCCAAGGCAUACGUGCCUACUGCUGUUCCGGCUGAGCCCAUCGUCAAGAUGGCUGAGAAGGUCUCCGAGAAGGCCGUCACCCCGUUGACGCUUGAGAACUGGGAGUCGGUGCUGACUCCCGGCCCCCAGCCCGAGGACUGGUACAUCUUCGUGACCGGUGGUAACAAGACCUGCUUCGGUCGCUGUGAACAUGCCACCAAGGCUUUCCAAGAAUCCACCCUCCUUUUCUCCGCGGAUCCAACCUCUCCUAACCUCGCUCUGCUGGACUGCGAGGAGAACCGUAUUCUCUGCUCUAUCUGGUCCGCUGGCGCUCCCUCCGUCUACUACUUCCAGGUCCCCGAGGCCCAGCCCGAAGGCCGCGCACCCACUCCCCUUCACAUCGUCCACAUGAACACCACCACCGUCACCCCCGAGGAGCUGUAUAAGAUCCACUCUGAGAAGAACUUCGAGAAGGUUGAGGCCUACGAGGGCGCCAUGCACCCCACUGACAGCUGGCUCGCCCAGAACAAGCUGAACGUUCCCAUCGGCUACGCCCUCUACGGUAUCGGUGCUGUUCCCAGCUGGAUGUUCAUGAUUGGUAUCUCCUUCUUCAGCCGUACUUUUAUGAGCCGUCGCAUGCCUGGUAACGCUGGUGCGCGUCCUGCUGCGCCUGCUGGCAGCGCCAACUAA